UAUAACCAAAAAAAUAUAUGCGACAAAAGGAGUUGGAAAAAGAAAAGGCCAUAAAUUUGGCACUCCUGCAAGUUGUUGGGCAAUUUGUUUGGUAACCCAAUUUGAUACAACCCACGAAAUUUCUGUUCUUUAUCAAUGAAUACGACGGGGAUCUUGAACUUGAGAAACACUGGCUUUUGCAGUGUCGUUCAAGCUCUCUUUUAUGUAGUUUUCUCCUGUAAAAUGAUAAGACUCUGUUUUCAUUAGAUUGGAAGGAGAACUGAAGAAGAAAAAGCGUACUGUAAAACCCAUGUUUGGAAAUGAAUUUGACACAAGACACAGGGAAGAUUGACUGUAAUUUUGUUUUGCCAACGAGAAGGAAACGAAGAACAAAAAAGUAACUGUAAAAACACAGAUUUUUGACAAAAUUUGACAGAUAACGACGGCAAAAUUUGACUAAAGUUUGCUCUUUUACAAUUGCCCUUCAUCCCAAAAUUGGUUUUUUUUUGGUUGAUCUCCAAUGGAGGAUAAAAACUCUUCAGCAAGUUACAACACUCGUGUGCAACCCCAUCACACGUGCCAUGGAAGGCGCCAAUGCAUAGACAAAAGCAAAAAUCCUAUCGGUUCAGCCUCUUCUCUUUCACGACUGUCCUCUCCUCUGUGUAUUCACUUCGUUAUCCGAACUUCGCUCAAAAUCGCUCUCUAUGACGGAACUGGCUGUUCUGCCAGUUUCAGUUCACCAAUUUUGGCUACCCCACCAUGGGUUCUCCAUUUCUCUGCCGCUGCUCCUCUGAACUUCAUCAUCAACCUCGGUUCAUGGCUGUUCCUGAGGCUUGUUCGUCGCCUCACCAUCUCAUAUUCCAUCGCCGCUUGCCCCUCUCUUGUCAUUCGCCACCAUGCGCCGACAAGUUUCUGUCUCCAUCUCCGUAUAUAUGCCAGCACCUGCCGCUUGGAAAGGUGAGAUUCCGUCUCUGCACAGGGCAUAAUAACUAUGUCGGAAGAUCACCUAUAAUGUCGACUAGAAAAGGAAUAUGCAAAGUAGUUUGGACUAUUGAAGCUGAUUUGGAAGCUGAUCAGCUUCUUUACCUAACUGGGGAGCCUAUCGCGUUAGGCUCCUGGGAACCAAAAAUGGCGAUUCAAAUGUCUCCGACUGAUCAUGCUAACUUAUGGAAGGCUGAAGUCAAGAUAGCUUGUGGCAUAAAUUUCAAGUACAAUUAUUUUAUCAAGGAAGAAACGCUGCCCUCAUCUGACAUCAUUUGGAGACCUGGACCAGAGUUCUCUCUAUCCCUACCUCAAACGGUCAAACAUGAUAAAAAAAUCAUGGUGAGGGAUUCAUGGAUGAGGUUUGGUAUCACAUGCCCUCCAGUUCUCACAUGGGAUUCAUGGAUAGAGGAAAUACCAGUGAAAUCUCUUCCAGCCAGAGAUGAACGUGAAAUUGAAGAAGAAUGUCUUGAGAGUGAUUCUAUUGACCCCAAUCUAAUUUUGAAUGGUUCCAUGAUUUAUGAUAAAUUGUACUCCGAUCAUGAGGAAUCAAUGGAUAGUCCAAGUACGGGCUCAGAUUCUCACAGACAUCAGCCUGUUGAGGAACCAUGGUUAGUUCAAUUACCUCUCUUAUUUGAUCUGUCUAAGACUGUGUUGGAACCUGAUCUGCUGAAAAAUGAUGUCAUUGUGAAAGAAGAAACAACACUACUAGAAACUCGAGAGCACCAAUUGGAAGAUACAAAGAAUCUUUUGCCUGCAGCUGGCAUCUAUACAAUGUUAAAGGAACCUAUUUCUACCAUCAUACUGAUUAAUUCAUCAAUAUGCACCAUGCAACGAAUUGCUGUAUUGGAAGAAGAGAAAUUGGUAGAGCUGCUACUAGAACCAGUUAAAAGUAAUGUACAGUGUGAUAGUGUGUAUUUAGGUAUUGUCUCAAAACUUGUUCCCCACAUGGGCGGUGCGUUUGUGAAUAUUGGAAAUUCUAGACCCUCCCUAAUGGACAUUAAACAAAACAGAGAACCCUUCAUAUUCCCUCCUUUUCGUCAAAGGACAGAUAAGCAAGUAGUCAAUGGCUCCGGACAAGAACAACUGGCAUCACAAGCUGAAAGUAAAUUGAGUAAUACAGAAAUCAAUGGGGUUUCAGAAUUUGAACUUCAAGACACUUUGCUGCAAUCUAUGCACGAUGGGCACGAGGAAAAUGAAGUUGAGGAUGGCUUUGAUGUUUCAGAGGUUCUUAGAGAAAAUGUGAAUGGUGGCAUAGUAGAUGAUGAUGGUGAUCUUGAUGCUGACUUUGAAGACUGCAUAGAUGAUAAGGAACAUCAUUUAGAAGGUCAUGCUAGCAUCAGUUAUUCAGCUACCACAAAUUAUUCUAAUGGUUCUCAAAUAUCUUUUCUCCAAGAUGGAAGGGAUUCUAAGAAGAGAGUGACUAAUGAUAAUAAGUGGCUCCAAGUAAAGAAAGGCACGAAAAUAAUUGUCCAGGUAGUCAAAGAGGGGUUAGGGACUAAAGGCCCCACACUGACUGCUUACCCACAACUAAGAAGCAGAUUUUGGAUAUUGAAAACUCGUUGUGAUAGAAUUGGCAUCUCAAAGAAAAUUUCUGGUGUCGAGCGUACCCGCUUAAGAGUUAUAGCUAAAACUUUACAGCCUCAAGGUUUUGGUUUGACUGUAAGAACAGUUGCUGCUGGUCAUUCUUUAGAAGAAUUACGAAAAGAUUUGGAGGGUCUGAUUUCAACUUGGAAAACUAUAACAGAACAUGCAAAAUCAGCUGCUCUAGCUGCAGAUGAAGGCGUUGAGGGAGCUGUUCCAGUUAUUCUCCAUAGGGCUAUGGGCCAAACGCUUUCAGUUGUCCAAGAUUAUUUUAAUGAGAAGGUUAAAAGAAUGGCAGUUGACUCUCCAAGGACAUAUCACGAGGUCACUAAUUACCUUCAGGAAAUUGCUCCGGAUCUUUGUGAUCGAGUUGAGUUAUACAAUGAAGGAAUUCCCCUUUUUGAUAAAUUCAACAUUGAAGAAGAGAUCAAUAGUAUCCUCAGUAAGAGGGUUCCACUUGCUAAUGGAGGUUCUCUAAUAAUUGAACAAACUGAGGCUUUAGUAUCCAUUGAUGUGAAUGGAGGACAUGGGGUGCUUGGUCAAGUGACUUCGCAGGAGAAAGCUAUUUUAGAGGUCAACCUUGCUGCUGCAAGACGGAUAGCAAGGGAAUUGCGACUGAGGGAUAUUGGUGGAAUUAUUGUUGUAGAUUUCAUUGACAUGGUAGAUGAAUCAAAUAAGAGGUUAGUCUUUGAAGAAGUAAAGAAAGCAGUUGAGAGAGACAGGUCAAUGGUGAAAGUUUCUGAGUUAUCCAAGCAUGGACUUAUGGAAAUUACAAGAAAGAGGGUUCGACCAAGUGUAACUUUUAUGAUUAGUGAACCAUGCUCGUGCUGUCAUGGUACUGGAAGAGUUGAAGCUCUGGAAACCUUGUUUUCGAAAAUCGAGCAGGAAAUCUGUCGACAGCUUGCAACAAUUAAGCAGAAACCAGAUCCUGAAAAUCCAAAAUCCUGGCCAAAGUUCAUUUUAAGGGUUGACCACCACAUGUGUGACUACUUAACUUCAGGAAAAAGGACAAGACUUGCAAUUCUGAGUAGUUCCCUGAAAGUUUGGAUCAUUUUAAAGGUUGCUAGAGGAUUCACAAGAGGUGCAUUUGAGGUGAAAUCAUUUGUAGAUGAUAAGUUGAGCAGAAAUGAGAGUCAAGGACCAAUUUCUUUGUUACAACCAUCGGACGCAAGAAGCAACAACUCUAGCAAAAAAGUGACCUUCUUUCCGGUUAAAAAAUGGAAAGCAAGCGGGAGAUAAAGACAAUUGCGUUCGAGCUCACAGGUUCUUUAAUUCGCACCCAAAGAAUCCAUUAUAGCUAGACAAUUUGCAUUAUAUAAACAACUCAUCCUUGAUUAUGAGUUGAGAUGCCUUCAAAAGGGUGGCAAGAUGGUUGACAAACUUUUCAAAUUAUUGAGUUUGAUUUGUUGUAGUGCUAACCAAGCAGUUUUGUUCUUCUAGCGUAAGAUUCCUGUCCUUGUAAUGUAAUAGUAGUCACAAUAUUAAUAGACAUUAAUGCUCUUUAUUGGCUGCUCUACAACUGAUGUAGCAGUAGUUCUGUAUUCAAUUUUUCGCAUUAUCAGGUA